AUGGUUGCAGAAAAAUGUCAGAAAAUUUCUGUUUCGUUGAUUGCGAGGCGAAACAUCAUCAAGACUGUGGGAAGAUCAUCAGAUGAUAUGUGAGCAUAAACGUAUACAUUGACUAUCAAUACCGUCGUCUUAACAUGACUAACAUAAUUUUAUUUUUCUGUUAACUUUUGUUUUUGUUGUAACAGGGCUACUCAGUUAUUAGAGUUGAGUCAUGUCAGGCUGGACCGGGAGAAGAUAAGUCAGAUUGACAACCUGGACUGCCUUGGGCCUGUCACUCAUUUGUAUUUACAGAAAGUAUGGAGUGCUUAUCUUUGCCUUUUUGUGCUGGAUUGGGGGUGGGGGAUGGGGUGGGUAGUUUGUGAGAUGUGUGUGGUGGGGGCGGUUCUUGACCCUUUGUUGGGACAUAAGUUGGAUGUGUACCACUUAAGGUUUAACACCGUGACCCUGUUUUGGACUUAAAUGAAUGGCGGGUAUAAUUUUAAAGGUCACGUUCCACAGAUCAGAAAUUAUACAGGUCACACGCUACAGAUGAAUAAACAGGACCAGAAGUGUCUCCUUAAUCCCUAUCAAAAUAAUGGUUAUGAUCGAAAGAAAACCAUUGGUUUAAUGGAUAAAACAGUGCAGUGACCUGUAUAUAAUUCAUGAACCACCGCCCCUGUAGAGGACAACAUCUGUUUUUAGACCCAGACUGUCCAACAAUUCUGAUCUCAUUAGGAUUCUCCCGAUUUUGCUUGAAAAUCCCGAAUCCCGACCAAUAUGCGAUCAGGAUAGGAAAAAUCCCGAUUUUGACAUCUGUUUUGAUAUAAUUUUUCAAAUACAUUGUUAGGAUAACACAAAUUAAGAACACCUAACAGAGUGUACUUAACUGAAACUGAAACCCUGCAAACUGAAAUAUACCGCCUGAAAUAAAAACAAAAAAACAAAAUCGAGUCCUUGUAUGCGAAAACAUACAAAUAAAAAUGGGCAUAAAAAUAGCAAUUGACUGAGAAAACAUGAGAAAGAAACCGAUUAACAUAAUGAAACAUUUCUCAAGAACUUCAAGUAUCCAUUCCUACCCUACUCGCUGUGUUGGCGUCAAAACCCAGAAUGAGAUCUUACCUAAUGACUUUAAAAUGUUAUCUAAAAAGGCCUUCUCAGAAAAAAACUUAAAGUUGCACUAUUUGACUUUCUAAAUGCAGACGAUUCAUAGUAUGUUGAAUUUGAUGACAUCACUUCAAAAUUAAAAAACUAUAAUAUAGGAUAAGAUUAUCUGUCUUUUCUGUAUUCUCACAGCAAAAUUGUUUACUCACACUUUGUGUCCUUUUCCCUUUGUUUCUUUUUAUUUUAUUGUGUCUUAUUUUCAAUUCAAACUUCCUUUUGUUAAGUAGUUAAUCAAAUAAUAUUCAUAGUGUGAAUAUGUGUAAUGACCCACCUCGAUUGGCCUUUGGUAUCUGCGGGUCAAAUCAUUUCCUGUAUUAUUGUUAUAUAAAUUCUAAUAAAGUAUAAAUGACCUUCCUGGCAGAACACAGGAAUAGCAUUUCAGAGCAUCAAAUUUCAAAACACAUUUUCUGGGGUAGCAUGCCCCCAGGCCCCACUUGCUGCUUGCACCCUCAGUGCUGACCUGAUUCUUUGGUUUUUAAAAAAGACCCCUAUUUUACAUACUCAAAGGGUUGGACAGUCCAUAGACCCCAGGGACACUCUUCUGGGCUAGCCCUCUUUGUGUAUGUGAUUUAAUGUUUCAAAUUAAUCAAAAGUCGGCAAAGUCGGCCCAUAAAUCCCUGCAUGUUCUGAGUCCCCCCAACAAAGUAACCAGAUACAGAGAAGAUGUAGAUGUUACUAAUUCACUGUUCAUUAAUUAUCUGUGAAGGAAUGAAAAUUUGAAUUAUUUGACACAGUAGUGCCAGCAACUGACAGAUUUAAUUUCCAAAUAACGAAUUUGCUAUUAAAUAGAAUCUAUUGUGGAGUCAUCCUCGGAGACCCAGGGGCAGUCAGUUGGGCCAUUUCUCCUGGCCCGACUGACUGCCCCUGGAUCUCCGAGGAUGUUGUGGAGUAUGCUUAAAUUGGUUUAACAGCAGUUGAUGACUUAAUUUUAACUUCUCAACCAGCUUUUCACUGCAUGUUGAUCUGUUAUUUGUCAAAGUGUCACUUGUUAAUUUUCAAAUAAGCCUUAAGUUUAAAAAAUUUAAUCUUGAUUUGCUUUAAUCAUGUGUUGUUUUCCAUAGAAUCAAAUAACAAGAAUUGAGAAUCUUGAAGUUCUUCCCAAGCUUAAGUAUGUUUUGUGUAUAGAAACUACAGCUUAAAGUCCCUACUUUGAUGGGGGAUUUUGGUUUAGUAUCAGUGAUGUUUAAUACGGGUUUAAUAUUACUGUUGGUCAACAGAUUCCUGACAUUAGCUGAUAACAAAAUAACAAAAGUGGAAAAUCUCAAGAUCCUCACAAAAUUGCAGUUUUUGGAUCUUUCUGACAACUUGGUGGAGGAUUUUGAUGGAGGUUUAUAAUUAUUAACUCUUUAACUAUAAUUAAUGUAAAACUGUUUUAUCCAUUGAAAAACUUAGAACUAUUGAACUGUUGGCAUACUUUCACCACUUAUUUUUCUAUUCAUUUCACAGAAGAGUUCCCAGCAAGUUUAAUUAUUUUGAAUUUAAAGGGAAAUCCGUGCACUCAGCUUGUGGAUUACAAGUAUGUUUUGUCUGGCAAAUAAAAAUGCCUAGUUUUUUUCCAUUCUUUAAAAAUAAAGUAUAAUGUAUAUUCAAGUAUAAAUAAAAGUUAAGUUCAAGCUUGUAAACAUCCUUUGUGAAACAAAAAUACUGUCACAUUUUAUUAUACAGGCUCAUUUGAAGUAGCUUUUCUAUUUUAUACUAUGAACCUCAUGCAUUUAAUAUGCAUAGUGUCUGUGGCCACCUGGUUAGCUCAGUUGGGAGAGCAUUAUUUUUAUUGGCUUAGAGUUUAUUACAUUUGAGUUUAUUGCUUAAUAUAUAUAUAUUAAGUAAAUAAAUUAUAUAAGCUAAAUUUAAAUAUUAAAGGGAUAACCUCAUAAUCCUUCUUCAGGGGUUACAGUGUUUAUAAUGGUUACGUGUAAACAUUGUAUGUAAUAUUAGUUUAGAGCGGUUUUCACUUGACUGUCGUAAAACCAAAACCAAAGUAAAUACACUAGCCAACCAAAGGGCGUAGUAAAACCAAAACCAAAACCAAAACCAAUCCCUUUCGACGGUCAAGUGAAAACCGCUCUAAUAUAAUAUGUUAUAUGCUUAAUCAUAACCAUAACAAAAUUCUUAAAUCUGAUUGGCUAUCAACUGCCCUGAUUUCAGCCUUAAUAGGACAGUACGCGUCAUGCCUAAGUAAUUGGACAGUACGCGCCAUCACGCGCGCGCUUAAAUGGCUUUUUUUUUUUCACUGGUAGCAAAAAAAUCUCGGAAUUUCUUGUGUUUUGAUUUUAAAAAAAAAUAGCCUAAUAUUUCACAAAUUUUGUUAAAGUUAUGAUUAAUUGGUAACAGAACUUUCUGUCGUCCAAUUCGGUCUGUAAUCAUACUCGUGAUUAAACAAAAUUGGACUCCCGCUACGCGGUCGUCCGAUUUUGUUAAUCACUUGUAUGAUUACAGACCGAAUUGGACUCCACUCAGUCCUGUUACCAUUACAUAUCUCAUUAUCAAAUUUAGUACAAACUAGUGUACGUAGAUCACAGUGUGCCACAAUUUAAAAACAAUGACUUAAAUCCCCCUGCCUUUAUUUCUUAUUCUAAAUUUGAAGCAAUCUGCUAGGGUUCUUAGGAAAAGAUUAUAUUUAUUUGCUUUUAUAUUAAAUUAUUAUAAUAUCAUUAUUUUAUUUUUCUUACUAAGUAAACAAUGCAUUGACUUUUCUUUUUAGGAAAAAACUGUUUGUUGCCCUGCCACUGUUAAAGCAACUGGAUGGUCAAGACAUAACAAAGGAGGAACGACUUCAGGCUGGUUGUGCUGCUGUGUACGUUUUUUCAGAUGUUAUAACCUUUUGUUACCAAUUGCUGGGACUUGUAAGAAUUCUCCUUUAGAGUUGUACUUUCCUGUGCAAAGUGGGUUAUCUGUAAGCUAGGAGAGAUGUUAAUUUAGGGAUAACCUCUCGUUUCGUCAAAUACCAUAAGCCAAUAACCUAAUGAUCCUCCUUCAGCUAAGUGUCGUAAUGGCUACCUGGAAACAGUGUAUGUAUGUACUAUGCCUUGGAUUUAUGUUGGCUUGUGUUUAAAGUAUCAACAAGUGGGAGCGAAGCAUGGCCAGGUCAUCCCGAAGGCACCAAUUUCAAGUUCUGCCCUGACUGCUAACUGGAUUUCAUCUUGGCAGUCCUGAGUUGAAAUCUAAGCCAUGCCAGGAAAUCAUCCUCUCCUCUUGUGGGGCUUUUCAGGAAUAAUGAAACGAAAUAAAAUUUAAUGGAAUAUAACAUAACAUGGUUAAAAAUCCCAACUGGUAGUAAGCAAACCAUAUGCAGUUGGCUAUUUUGCAAGCAUGGCCGAGGAUUUGAACUCGGGACUACCAAGAACAAAAUUCCAGCAAGCUGCCGGGGCAGGACUUGAACUUGGGGUCUCUAAACUACCAGUCUACUAAGCGCUGCCUUCAUUAACCUUUUGGAGUAAGGAGGGUGCAGUGGUGAGAGCACUCGCCAGUUACCAGUGUGGCCCUGCAGGUUCAAGUCCCAGCAGUGACACCAUGUGUGAAGUGAGUUUGUUCUUGCCUGUCUUCCCUACCCUCAGAGAUUUUUCUCUGGCUACUCCUGAUUUCCCCUUUCCUUUAAAACCAACAUUUCAAAUCUCAAUUUGAUUUGGAAAAUGUUUCCAAUUAUUUGGGGACAAUAUAAUAAGAGUGCAACAGGUUUAUAAGUUCUUUAGCCAUUAAAACAACUCUAAUUUGUAGAUCACUAAAUUUCUUGUUAUGUGCAAGAUUUAAAUAUUAAUUUUAUCCCACUGAUCGAAAUUGCUUGGUGAACUGACAGUGAGAGUGACUCAGAUGAAGAAAGUGAUGACCAAGAAGAGGAAGAAGAAAAGAAUAUUUCAGUGGAAUCAAAGCAAGGUAUAAUAGACAAUCAAAUGCUUCAAGAAUCCUCAGCUGUGCUUAGUUGCCCCUGUAAAAAGGUGAUGCAAAGGUGCAUACAAACCAAAGGCCCAAACAGCCUGAGCUUAUCCCCAGUUUCCUUAGCAUGAAGCAUGCUUAGGUGUAUUGCUACUCCCCCCUGGACAGGAUACUAGUCCAUUGCAGGGUUAUCCCUCAGCAGUAUGUGGCUGGUACCCAUUUUUGUACAUCUUGGGAGAGAAACAACAUGGAGGAAAAGGAAACAACGCAACAGGUGAGGCUUGAACGACACACCUCCAGAUCCGGAGUUCAAGGUUUUAACUGCUCGGCCACACACGCCUCCAGGCCCCUGUGCCUUACUAUUAUAUACUCUUAGAUAGCAUUUUAUUAAUUCGUGUUAGAAACAUAACAAAGACAAAGUUUAAGAAGUUGCCAUUGUUUUUCGAGUUUUGUUCAUAACACUGGCUAACUACUCUCUACAUGAGUAGAUAUAGUGAGAUAGACAGAUUUAGAUAGAGGGGAUGUAGGCCAAUCAGAUUGUAAAAUUUGUGGUAGUUUGCUAGCUCUGGUUUCUUCUAAUAAAACCGGUAUAACCUAUCUUGCCUUCCCCACCCCUAAUUCUUCUUCUUCCUCUAAGAAACCCCACCUCCUUCAAAAUGAAGAUUCUUGUGAUAUUGCCCUGCCCAACUCAGAUCAUCCUACUCACUUUGAGUCUCAUUUACUAGAUAGUUUCCUCUAGUGUCCAGGCUCCUAUCCACCCUCCCCUCUGUAUGUCCCCCCCCGACCCAGUCACAGAGAACCCUUCCCCCACUCUCCCAACACUUCUAUUACAUUGAGUGCAGUGAAUCAUCUGAUAGGUAGGUGUAUAAUUUCUUGUGAGAUCUUGUAAAUAGUAUUUAGUUUUUGUCCAUUCAGGUGGCAGACAGCAAUUGUCUUAAUUUUUUUUUAGGCUCACUACACCAGCACUGUAAUGACAUUCUUGUGAGAGCAAAAAUAAGGACGUUGAAGGUGGGUGUUUCUUUACUGAUGAUGAUGAACUAUGCACAUGAUACAAAAUACAACUAAACACAAAUACAUAGCUAACUAAAGAUAACAAUAGCUCUCUAGAGGGCACGUGUUUACAGUUUUUUGUUACGUCUGUAGUGCACUUGUCAUUUCAUCAGCUUGCUAAGUCAUAUAAACAUGAAACAUAACCNAUGCACAUGAUACAAAAUACAACUAAACACAAAUACAUAGCUAACUAAAGAUAACAAUAGCUCUCUAGAGGGCACGUGUUUACAGUUUUUUGUUACGUCUGUAGUGCACUUGUCAUUUCAUCAGCUUGCUAAGUCAUAUAAACAUGAAACAUAACCUGGUUUGUCAAAGAAAAUAAAGUGUGAUUUCUUGCACGGAAGAAAAAAUUUUUGAUGCGGAUGGUGAUGCUUAUUUAUCUGCAACAUUAAGUUAUGCUUCACCUUCAUGUCAUAUAGCACAUGGAUGGCCAGUGUCAAAGCAUGCUGCUUGUAUAAAGAAAAGCACGGUUAUUUCACAGAAAACCAAAUGCUAAAUUACUCUGAAGUUUAGUGAUUAGGCUUAGGAAACUGAGUGCAUCACGUUUCAGAUGAUUUUGCCCAGUAUAAUGACCCUAAAUGGAACCUGAUUCAGUCAGUUUCCUAUUAAACCCUAAUCACUAUAAACUUCAGAGUCAUUCAAUGUUUAGCAGCCAUUCAGCAUUCUACAAAAUACUGCUGCCAGUUAAUUUAUAGGAACAAGCAAAGCCAGACAUUUUUCUGUAAUCAAUGAAGAGUUAGUUCUUAUUUUUUACCUCAGUUUUGUAAAGAACAUUCAUGUUUUUUGUAACAGGAAGAACAAGAACAUAAGAAGAGAAUGGAGCAACUAGAAAAUAUUCGUAAACUGCAUUCCCAGGAGUUAUCAAGUAAAAUAUCAUCCACACAUUGA